UAAAAGACGAUUCCCUUCUCUUCUCUUCUCUUCUAGAGUCUACACACCCCUCCCUCUCCUGCUGUCGUUUCAUUUCAUGCUCUCAGUAUUGUCUAGACGUGUCAACUCUCCACCAUUGUUUUCCCAUUCUAAAGCUUCUUCCUAUUGUCUUUGUCACAAACCCACCGAUGGUUUUCCGCAUUUAAUCUCCAAACCCCUCACCCAGCACCCAUGUUGUGUUCUAUCUCCGCCCAGAAAUCCGGCACUUCUAAAUGGCUCGACCGUCUCCGAUCCUCCAAGGGCUUCCCGCCCGGAGACUACCUCAAUCUUGAACAGUUCUUGCGUCAGACCAGCAAUUCUCCUGCUCCAAUUAACCCCACCACCAAGUUGGGGCAAACUAACCUCGCUUCAGUGUCCUGCUCGGAGAAACAACAGGUUCUUGAAACUCCGGUCGAUCCCGCCGGGGGUAAACAGCUCUUCAACGCGUUUACCAAUGUCCUCUCUGAGCUGUUCAAUAUGGGAGAAUCGAGUAAUUUCCCAGCGCAAAAAAAGGGGCCCCGGAAACAAAUUAACCCUAGGUUCUUCGCCGCUUCUACUUCGUCGGAAUUGAAUAAUGUUUCCGGCUCCGGAGAUGACCGGGGGAAAGACAAGAGCGCGUCUCCGAUGAGCGAUGAUCAGAGUAGAGUGGAAAUGAAGCUACUGGAGCAAAGCGAGGAAGAGGAGGAGAAGAUAGAUGCACAUUUAUUUGGGUUUUCCCGGAGCGAGGUUACUGUGAUAGACACGAGCUGUGCGCCAUGGAAAUGCGAUAAAUUGUUGUUCAGAAAGAAGAAUGUGUGGAAGGUUCGCGACAAGAGAUCUAAGACGACGAUACAUUUGGGGAAGAAGAAGAAGAGGAAAGCCAAUGAGGAUGGGAAUUUCGGUGGAAUUAAGAAACACAAGGUUUCGAAUGGAGAAGAGACUAAAAUUCCAAACAUUAUCGAAGGACUUCAACCAGGGAAUAAAUUUGAAGAAGGCUGUAAAAAGACAUUAGAUAGUGUUGGCCAGACUGUUGAAAAGAAGCAUAGAGACUUUGCAUUGAAGAAAGCAAACUCAUCUGUUGUUCUCAUAAAAAACAUUCCGGCAAGUAAGAAGAGUGGAACAGGCAUCCCCAAGACUAACUUGAAGUCAUCUCAUCAUCGACCCCCACCGAAGCUGACUUAAGAAUGCUUUCAAGUGCAGAAGCUAGCUGCAACUGCAGGGAGGGAGUUCAAUCUUGCCAACAACGAAACAUAGCGUAGCUAUGGAGAUGGCGGGGAGUCGGGGACUUCACCGGUGGUGGUAGGUCGGAAGCCAAAUUAAAGCGUUUGAGUUAUAAUACUGUGAGAACUAUUUUAAAUUGAUUAAAUCAUUCUUCAUUAACAUCUCAUUCGAUUUUUACCAUCAUCUGUUAUCAUUUCAUGUUCGAAUCCAUUUAUAUUUUGAUUUAGUAUAUCCAUACAGUGCAAAAUGA